AUGAUCAGAACAAUAAAGCCUAAGAAUGCUCGUUCAAAGAGAGCCUUAGCAAAGAAGGAGGCCAAGCUUGUUGAGAACACCAAAUCUGCACUCUUUGUUCCCGGAUCCACCGGUAGCAAACUCCUUCAUGAUGCCAUGUGUGAUUUAAUGGCCUUGAAAAAACCAUUUGCAAAGAAAUUUUCCAAAAAGAACGAAAUAAGACCAUUUGAAGAUGCUACAGAGUUGGAGUUUUUUGCCGAAAAAAAUGAUGCUUCAUUGAUGGUCUUUUCGUCCCAUAAUAAGAAAAGACCAAAUACAUUAGUGUUUACCAGAUUCUUUAACCACAAAGUUUAUGAUAUGAUUGAAUUAUCGAUACAAAACAGUCCCAAGUUGUUGCAAGAUUUCAAAAAGCUUACAUUCACAAUUGGGUUGAAACCGAUGUUUGUGUUUAAUGGACCGGCCUUUGAUAACCAUCCAGUUUAUCAACAGAUUAAAUCAAUCUUUAUGGAUUUCUAUCGUGGUGAAGAAACCGAUUUGCAAGAUGUGGCAGGGCUACAAUCUAUAAUAUCACUUUCAGUUGGAGAGAUAGAAGAUUCAAAUAAUGAAAAGGAUUUACCCAAUGUCCAUUUCAGAGUAUAUAGAUUAAAGACGUUCAAGUCGGGACAAAAAUUACCUCGCGUUGAAUUAGACGAAAUUGGACCGAGAUUUGAUUUCAAAAUUGGCAGAAGAAGAACACCAGCACCCGAAGUUGAAAAGGAGGCGCUCAGGAAGCCUAAACAAUUGGAGGCAAAGACAAAAAAGAAUGUUAGCACAGACUUUAUGGGUGAUAAAGUUGCUCAAAUACAUGUUGGUAAACAGGACUUGAGUAAACUUCAAACAAGAAAGAUGAAGGGUUUGAAAGAAAAGUAUGAUAUUAGCGAAAGUGAAGAAGAAGAAGAAGAUGACGUUUAUGUUUCUGAUGAGGAAUACCUCGCUGACGAGGUAGAAGAACCACAAGCAAAGAAGCAAAAAGUGUAG